ACAAACAAAGUCUUUCUCAAUUCGGUCCUUUAUGAUAAAACGCUUGUGAAAUAUAAAGAUCUAGAAAGGAUAUCAGGAUGGUAUACUAUUUCUCUAGCAACACUGUCUCCCCGGCCGCGUUUAUCUACGUUGGCAAAGACAAGGUCGAAAAUGAGGAUCUGAUUAAAUUUGGCUGGGAAGAGGACGUAUGGUUUCAUGUUGAUAAUCUUUCGAGCGCUCACAUCUAUCUCCGGAUGCGCGAUGGCGAGGAAUGGGACAAGCUGCCGGAAAAGCUGGUGCAAGAUUGCGCACAGCUGACCAAAGCCAAUUCUAUUGAGGGAAACAAGAAAGAAAAUGUCUCAGUGAUUUACACGCCGUGGUCUAAUCUGAAAAAGGACGGCAGCAUGGCAGUUGGACAAGUUGGAUUCAAGGAUCAGAAAAAGGUCAAGCGUGUUCUCGUGCCGACCCGCGAAAAUCCUAUUGUCAACCGCCUGAAUAAGACAAAAGUCGAAAAAUUCCCAGACUUGCGCGAAGAAAAGGAGGCUCGGCUCAAGGCAUUGCGGUGGAAAGAUCGUGCCGCGCAGCAGGAAAGGAAAAAAGAAGAACUACGCGUGGCCAAAGAGCGACAAGAACUUGCGUGGCGUCGAGACCAUGCCUACGACGACUUGUUCACAGAAGACAACAUGGAAGAAACGAGUAAUCAGAAUCGGGAUGCGGACUUUUUAGACGAUUUCAUGUGAUACCAGACUAGGUGAAAACAAAAAACAAUCUGCGCAAUUCACGAUAUCUCUAUACAGAACUCAUACCCGCGCCGAU